AUGGAAUGGGUGAGGGAUCUCGAUAGAGCCCUUGACUUGUACAAUGCGCACGACGACACCGGGUGCAUUGCCUACGUCAACAGCGUACUUCGCGACACGACUCCAGGCUACCCUCGCACACGCUACUAUGCUCUGCUCGCAUGCUGCCUAGACGAUUGGCGCAAGGCAGAUGUUAUGCGCGCUCGAGCAGAAAACAGCUUUGCUAAUUGGCGUGUCUUUAAUCGACCCGGCGACUCCUCCAGACUUCGCGAAAUCCAUGACGAAUUACGCGCCAUCCUCGACGAGGUUCACGAUAUUCUCAAGCGUCGCAGACCAGACGAUUGGUUCGACCACCAAGUGACCUGGAUCGAUAUUGACACUAAAGAGCUUGAGGCUGAGCUGGCAGAAGAGCGUGAGGCUGAGCUGGCAGAAGCUUUGGCAGAGCUCGAGGCUGAGAAAGCAGAAGAAGAAGAGGAAGACGAGGCCGAGAAUGCUGAGGCCGAGGAAAGUGCCGAUCUAUCUCUCACCAGAUUUGCUGCCUUGUUUAGAAAUGCCGACAGGAAACACGACACCCGUGCUCUUACUCGUAACAAGAUUCUUAAGACUAUUAAAGGUUCGUAG